GCCCUUGCGGUCGCAUCGGGGCCUUCUCGGUUACCAGCCUCCAGGGCACUGCAUAGCCCUUCAGAGCGCUUCAGAGCCCUUCAGAGCGCUUCAGAGCCCUUCAGAGCGCUUCAGAGCCCUUCAGAGCCCUCCAGAGCCCUCCAGAGCCCUUCAGAGCCCUCCAGAGCCCUGUGCAGAUCCCUCCAGAGGCCUGUGCAGAUCCCUCCAGAGGCCUGUGCAGAUCCCUCCAAAGACUGAGCGGCUCUAAAAUAGACCGUGUCAGGAAUGCACUGGGAAAAAGCAUACUUUUGAAGACAUUCAUGCUCUUCCCCGCUUUACAUGUGUUGCAGGUGUUUGACCUGUACAACAGCACGCAGCACUCAGCAGACCAAGGAGACACCUCCGCUUGCAUCUUCCGGGGUUUGGCCACCUGGGCCACCGCAGCUGGCGAGAAGAGCUUUGCCACGUUCUCACCCACGGCACCCAGGGCCAAAAAAAUGCUACUUUUUUAGCAUGGUUGGGGGGCUCCGCCCUCUGAUGAGGCAUUCGCAGGUGUGGACUUAUCAUGCUGUCGCUGCACAAGGGGCAGCAUGCUAAGAAGAUGCGCGUGGUGAGUGGGGUCAAGCCUGGUGACCGUGUACGAUUGUUGGAGGGCACGGGUCUGUUCGAGAAGGAGAAGGCCACCUAUUCAUAGGAUAUUUUUACACCGUGACUCGGCAGAAGGGCUAUAGGUUCGCCGUGGAGGGCAAGCGACGCCUGCAUAGCCCGUCAGAAAUGCUGUUGGUACGUGAACUGACUACAGGGUAGCAGGCGGGGUAGAACGCCAGGUAGAGGCAGCAUAGAGCAGCGCCAGGUGCGGCGUGUUGCGCGUGCUCUUGCCUCAACUCUACGCGCGCUAUUGAAGCUCAAGAGGCACCACCAGCUGCGCCUGCAAACAAGCCUGCGGGCAAGCGUGGCAGCAGGAAGGGCAAGCGUGAGCAGGUCGCGCUUCGAGGACAGCAAAUUUGUAAAGGGCAAGCUGCAAUUUUUGGUGAGAUUUAAAGGAUUUCCCAAGGCUGAAUGGCUGCCCGCGGCUCAGCUGCAAGAGGACCUGAGCUCCGACGCUUACCGCGCGCUUCACAAGGCGAUGAAGAACUGAAGCUAGUCGCUAAUUACUCACAA